AUGGCUCACUUCUUAAGAGGGAAGCAAAGCGGAAUCCAGAAAGACUUCUCCGAUGGUCUCUCCCCGGACUUCUUCGUUCUUGAUGAUUACGCUCGAUGUGGUGUGAACUCCCAGAUCAGUGCAUUUGCAUACGAUCCUGUCCAGUCUCUGCUGGCUGCAGGGACUAGCGAUACGCAGUUUGGCAGUGGUCAGGUCUAUGUCUUUGGACAGCGCCGGGUGUCGGCCGUCUUUGCUUUACCGCGCAAGGCGUCCGCCAAACUCAUCCAGUUCUGCGCGGACAAACUGAUCGUUGUUGAUUCGAAGAGCGAUGUCACUAUCUAUUCGCUCGAGGCCCAGAAAAUAUUGGUGUCAUAUGCGCCGCCGAGCCAUGCCACCGCGUUAUUGACGGAUCCUAGUCUCGACUAUGCCUUUAUUGGGUUACAGAAUGGCGACAUCAUCGCUUACGAUCUCGAUCGAGAGACUUUGACACCAUUUAGAGUCCCCAACCUCUGGGCUCAGCGCAAUCCGCGAGCACGGUUGUGUCCGGUCCUCUCCCUGGCCUUCUCACCUCGUGAUAUUGGCAAGAUCCUGGUUGGGUAUCCCGAGGGAGCUGUCACGUUUACCUUCAAACAGAACAUAGCCCAGAAAUACUUCGAGUAUGAAGUGCCCGCGGGUGCGGUUGGCGGCAAUUCAGAGGUCCCUUCGCAGGAUACGCGCAGGCCUAAGCUAACCAGGGCACUUUGGCACCCUAACGGAAUCUUUGUCUUGACUGUUCACGAUGACAACAGCUUGGUAUUCUGGGACUCAAAGGAUGGCCGCAAGAUCUUGGCUCGGACGAUGGAAGCUACCCACAUCGACGAACCUGGUGCCAGUCCAAACCGGCGCCUCUCAACUGCCGAUGUCAUUUUCAGGGAACCCAUUAAGCAGAUUGCAUGGUGUGUCAAGGCCAAUGGCGAGGAUAGUGGCCUGCUGAUUGCAGGUGGGCGGCCUAAAGCUGAAGCUAACAAGGGCUUGACCUUUAUUGACUUCGGCGGAACUCCUAAUUAUCAGACGUCUACCUGGCCAAUGAUCACAAGCUAUUUCGAGAAUCCAAGGCAGAUCCUCAACAUCCCAACGCCUCCUGGUGUCGAUGUUGUUGACUUUUGCCUCAUUCCGCGCGCGUCGCCCUUCUACGCUGGUGCUCACGAUCCUAUCGCUCUUCUUACUCUCUCGUCUUAUGGCGAAUUGAUCACUCUCAGUUUUCCCAGUGGCCAUGCGAUUACACCUUCUAACAUGAUACACCCCUACCUUUCUUUCGUUCAUCCUUUCGUCACCAAAAUGAAUAUGACUCCCAUUGACCGUUCUGCUUGGCUGGGCCUAAGGGAACGAAGAUCUCAGGGCCCCAAAUUCGCUAUCGGUGGUGCAGAAGGAAAGAGAUCGCUCAAACGAUUUGAGGAUCGAAACAUCAUCUCAACUGCCCACGCUGAUGGAACCAUACGUCUCUGGGACGUCGGUCAUGACGACGAGAUCGAAAAUGCGGACGUUAUCCAAGUGAAUUUGUCUCGCGCUGUAGGGCGUGUGAGUGAUGUAGAAGUGGCUGAAAUGUCUGUCAGCGGGUCUACAGGCGAAUUAUCAGUUGGGUUGAAAACCGGCGAAGUUGUGGUGUUCCGAUGGGGCAGCAACAGCAACUUUGGCCAUGAAGAACCUCCAGGUGUCAAUGAAGGAGCAGGGAAGCUGACUCGAAUCAGUCACCGAGCUGAUCCGGGGCUCAAGCAAGGCAUGCUUCCUCUCACCCUGCUCAACAUGCAACAGGGUGCUGUGACUGCUCUGAAGCAUAGUCAUGUAGGCUUCGUCGCGGCCGGUUUCCAAAAUGGUAGCCUCACUAUUCUGGAUCUUCGUGGGCCAGCAGUCAUCCACGCGGCCAAUGUGUCUGACUUCGUCAAAACAAGCAAACGUGGCAGUUUCCUCAAGCAUCGGGCAACCGAGAGCGCUGGUCCAGAAUGGCCCACAAGCAUUGAAUUUGGUGUCUUGACAUUGGAUGACGAAGACUAUUCUAGCAUUUGCUGCUUUGUAGGAACUAACCGAGGCAACUUGGCCACUUUCAAGAUUCUCCCAGGAAACGAUGGGGCUUACAUGGCUCAAUUUGCUGGCGUAACCCAGCUCGACGACAGAGUCCUUAACAUCAUACCCAUUGAUGCAGAUAAUGGCAGCCCUGCGGUAGCUAACCCAAAUUUGGUUGGAAGCCUUAGGUCCGGCGGCAAGGUUAAUGGAGUCGUCAUUGCUGUAACCGUUUCUGGUUGCAGGAUCUUCAAACCGGCUACAUCCAAGGGCGCUCACAAGUCCUGGGAUGACUAUCUAUGCGAUGCUGCUGCUGUCGUGAAGACGGAAGCUCGAGGCUACAGUCUGGUUGGUCUUUUUGGCGAUGGCAAAGCUCGCGCUUUCUCGAUCCCUGGUCUCAAGGAGAUCGGUUGUACCAGUAUUGAUCAGAUUGUCGAGAUGAGACGCCUCUCGGAGUCUACGGUCUGCGCCAAUGGAAGUAUCCUGGCCUGGACUGGUCCCUCAGAGGUGGCGGCCUUUAAUGUUUGGGGAUCUGGUGCUGGCCUACGACCAUCGGAUAACCAACUCUUCAAUCCGCAAGCAACCAUCCCCGCGCGUCCUACAAUCACUAACAUGCAAUGGAUUUCUGGCACACAAUACAUUUCACCCGCCGAUAUGGAUAUUCUGAUUGGAGGUCCGGAUCGUCCCCCAUCAAAACGAAUGCAGGAACAGAUGCGCCUAGACGAUCAAGAGCGACGGAAGCUCGCACGGGAGGGACGGACUAACUCCAAUAUGUCUCAAUCAUCAGCAAGUCAAGAAGGCUACUGGUCAUAUAUGAGCCGUCAAGUGCAGGAGCGGACAGAACGCCUGGGUCUUGCCAGUGACAGCAUGGACCGGCUGGAAGAGAACAGCAGCAACUGGGCCCGUGAUGUCAACAAAUACGUGCAGAACCAGAAGAAGAAAGCAAUCCUUGGUGCACUUGGGUCGAAAUUUGGUCUAUGA